AUGUGCGCAGACCAUGCAGAUAUGUCCUUCGGUCAAUCGAAGUUAUAUCCUUUUUCCGAGAUGUAUAAUGAAAAGGCUUGUCUACGUGCUCAGCGGGUUUUGGAAGAGAAACGUUCUAUCGCGGAGAAAAAGCAACAUGAAAGGAGAGAAGCGGCACGCGAGGCGAGGUUCUUUGCCAUACAAAUGAAACUUACGGAGAUUCAACGGGCAAACCGAGCGAUGGAGGACAGGAUGCAGCGAGCCAAACUACUUCAAAAUGAUGAGCUUCAAGCACGUGAGAAUAGGUUGAAGACUGUGCUCCAUAAAAUUGACGAGGCCUCGGAUCGGCGUGGAAGCAUAUUGGCGUUCCAUCGUCUACGCACAGCAGAGAAUCUACUUACGAAUUCUCAACGGGCCCAGCGUAAUCGUUUUGCUGCUGAGAUGGAGGUGCAGGCCAAACAGUAUCGAGAGGAAGAACGUGAAAACGCCCGUCAAAGGGUCGCCUCGACGGAUAAAAUUACCAGGGGGACCAUGCUGCAGCAACGUGGGCAACUUCGUGAUCAACGUAUAUUCGGUUGCGUCAAGUACCGAAUACAGCAGGAGCUUGCUAACCGUGAGAAGGCGAUUGAACGAGAGCGCGCGCGCGACGAGCGUCUCUGGAGGCUUACGCUAGAAAGGAAAACAGGCGGGUUUGGGAGAUCCCGGUGCCCACAAAAGGGUGACUGCAUAUCCAGCGCGUUACUUUGA